AUGACGGACCGGGAAUCGAUUGCUCUACAACAGUAUUUGAAACAUGCCCUCAAUACAUCUAAUCGGAAACGACUAGCUGAAGAUGAUGUAUGGACUGAAGAUUUAGAGAACCUGAACUCUGAGCUGUCACAACUUGUUCUUCAAAUGUCGAAGUGGAGGUCCAAAACGCAGCCCGCAGAAACCCCGGAUCGGGUGAUUCUCGUUCAUCAGUCGGUGCCUCAAACCUAUAACUACACGACCAAAAGGCAAUUGCAUUUAUUGGCUAACGCCCUGAACCGGAUUGGCUACGUGUGUGAUGAAAAGAACUUGUUUGCGUGGUGGAGGAAAGCCACCCAAGCUCUCGAGCGCCUGAGGAUUAUUCGUACCAACAGCCAAGGCGACCUUGUACAUUAUUUCACGGUUUUGGAGAAACACCAGGCAUUUCAGUCGCAAUUGGUUGAUUUGAUCUUCGAGUUUUGGUAUCCGGAGCUAGUUGCCAAGGUGCGCACCAUGUUUGCUCUGAGACUUCCUGGAGAGCAGCUUGACCUGCAGUACCUCCACGAAACCAUAUUGGCAGUAGAUGAUCCAUUGGAUGUUGUGUCGCCAUAUCACAACUAUAUGCUGAACUUGUCCGCUCAGUUUGACAACGAUGACUUUUGGCUCGAGAAGUCGACUGAAGGUAUAACCGCUGCUCUUUGGCAAUCUGAAUACUCGCCUACAGUCGUACCGAUGUUGAUUGCUACAUCGAGACUACAAAGGAUUAGUCCUCAGAUUCGGGUUCGAUAUUUACGAGUUCUGCGGGACCCAAACCAGCGAUAUGUUGCUCAAUCAGACCCCAUGGGCCAUCUGGCAGAUUUCAUUCGCCAGAAUCUCGAUACAGAGAUAGAGGCUGGCUAUCAAGGGUAUUUUGCUCCUCCUAAGCGGCGGAUCCACGCCCCAAUGCCCGGCUCCAUAGUAGAUUAA